UUUCACAAUAUGUUACCUAUUUAGUGCCAUAUAUAGUACGUGGCCAAACAAUUUUCUACCCUUUCCACUUUUGUCAAUCUGUUAAGUUAACUUUGUUCGCAACGAGACAUGCAGGUACAUUGGCUUUCAUUGUUUAGUCUCCUCAUCAGUCUCAGUUAUCAGUCAGAUAGAGAUGACAAAUGCCUGCUUGAAAACAUGGAUUUAGGCGGGGGCACCAUCGCCCGAGUAAAGGGCGUCACCUCCACAUUUAGCUGCAUUAAACUCUGCACGGAGGACUCUAGCUGUCAAGCGAUUGUGUGGAUUACCCGAACUGAGAUGUGUCUACUUAAAGGAGCCUACCCGGAACACCUUACCAAUACCACGUGGGUUGCUCUACCAGAUGGAGGGGCCGGGGUGGUGGUAUUCAUGAACUGCAUGGAGGCAUCAAACAUUGCUAUGGCAACUAUACAGGAGGUGGAACAAAGGAAGAUGGAGGAGGGCGUCGCUGAAGAAGAAGGAAAUAAGCUGAUUGAGACAAACUCAACAGAAAAUCCUACUGAAAUAAUCGAUGAAGAAGAUGAAGAAGGAGAAGAAGCGGAAAAUAAAGAAGAGACAGGCUCAACAGAUAUACCCACUUCAGAAUGGAUAGAUCAGGAAAAUCCUACUGAAAUAAUUGAUGAAGAUGAAGAACAAGACGAGGAAGAAAGCUUUCGGGGUGACGGAAGAAAAACUGUGCAAGCUCAAGAUGUAGAAACAGAAGUUAUCCGCGUAAUCCACGUAGACGAAACCCCAGUGGGUGGUGGUGGUGCUGGCAACAACUUUCAAAUUCCUCCCCAGGGUUGGUCUUACAACCCUCAUCAGUCUAUAGAGUGGGUACAGUCAAUGUUGGAGCCUGUGUUCUCUUGGUGGUCCUGGUCUAAAAGCAACUUUGGAGAGAGUGGAGAGGAGGGCACGGCUUUUACUCCGUUAACCUCAACUUAUCCAACCUCAUCUUCCUCAUCUUCAUCUUCCUCAUCUUCAUCUUCCUCAUCUUCCUCAUCUUCCUCAUCUUCCUCAUCUUCCUCAUCUUCCUUAUCUUCCUCAUCUUCCUCAUCAACGUCAACAUCACCCACCAGCAGCACCUCCAGCGGUUCUACUUCCUUCAACUCCAAUCCUUCCCUGAACAAUCCAAUUCGUGACAAUCUUCUAGAAAUCUUCAAAUCAGUCCAGUACUGGACUCUCACAUCUGUCCGAGACAUAUUCGUUGCGAUCGGCCAAGCAGCGAGCGAUAAUUCUGUAGUAGAUCGCGGCAAUGAUACUGGCGAUGAUGACUGUGUAGACAGUGCCAGAUCAUGCGGAUCCCACUUGUGCGACGUGGAGGUGACAGCCAACAUGUGCAAGAAAUCGUGCGGAAUUUGUCCCUCCCCUGGUGAAUCCUGUCGGAACAUGUACUCGGAUACGUACUGCUCAUUUUCGGAGGGCAUGGGAUACUGCAAGCACAGGGAGAUUGCAGCAAACUGCAAGAAGUCCUGCGGGAUAUGUCCAGAAAACUGUGAGGAUACGGACAGUGAGUUUUGUGAGAUGUACGGGAGAUUUCACUGCUGGAAUGAGGAUGUUAGGAACUUGUGUUCUAAAUCCUGCUUUUUGUGCUAAAUGUUGUUGGACUUUACUGGUGGGAAGGUUAUAUAAUAAUUGUCUUCCAUUUUGCAAGAAAUAUUAACUUAACCUCCAUAUAUUCAAGUUAUCUCAUUUAGAAUGGUUAUUGCAAAUGGGAAAGUUAUGGUUUAAAACUUUAUUUGGAAUUUUAGCACGGUAUUAUGAGGUUGGUAAUAAAAGAGCAGCAAUGGUAUAAUUAUAAUGUUUAAAUAUUUAGA